AAUAAGCAAAAGUAUGAGAGGCAAAAAUGAAAUUAUCGGUUUUGACACCCACCACCACCAAUACCAUCUCUUUAUAUGUCCCUCCCUCUCCCUCCAUCACCCUCGUCCACAUCUCUACUCUAAAACCCUCAUUUCUCAGAUCUGAAUCCUCUGCAACUCGCGGCAUCCAUGGCGCUCCAAAUCGAGAAGACUACCUCCGGCCGCGAGUACAAGGUCAAGGACAUGUCGCAGGCCGACUUCGGGCGCCUCGAGAUCGAGCUCGCCGAGGUGGAGAUGCCGGGCCUCAUGUCCUGCCGCACCGAAUUCGGCCCCUCCCAGCCCUUCAAGGGGGCUCGGAUCACUGGCAGUCUCCACAUGACCAUCCAGACCGCCGUCCUCAUCGAGACCCUCACCGCCCUCGGCGCCGAGGUCAGGUGGUGCUCCUGCAACAUCUUCUCCACCCAGGACCACGCCGCCGCUGCUAUUGCUCGCGACAGCGCCGCCGUGUUCGCCUGGAAGGGGGAGACCCUGCAGGAGUACUGGUGGUGCACCGAGCGUGCCCUCGACUGGGGCCCUGGCGGCGGGCCCGAUCUGAUCGUGGACGACGGCGGCGACACCACUCUGCUGAUCCACGAGGGCGUCAAGGCGGAGGAGGAGUACGAGAAGUCUGGGAAGCUGCCGGACCCGAGCUCGACGGACAACGCGGAGUUUCAGAUCGUUCUGACGCUAAUCAGAGAUGGACUGAAGGGCGAUCCGACCAAGUAUAGGAAGAUGAAUGAGAGAUUGGUUGGGGUUUCGGAAGAGACGACGACUGGUGUGAAGAGGUUGUAUCAGAUGCAGGCUAAUGGCACUCUGCUUUUCCCUGCUAUUAAUGUCAAUGAUUCUGUCACCAAGAGCAAGUUUGACAACCUCUACGGAUGCCGCCACUCGCUGCCAGAUGGGCUGAUGAGGGCAACCGAUGUGAUGAUUGCCGGAAAGGUCGGCGUGGUGUGUGGUUACGGAGAUGUGGGAAAGGGCUGUGCCGCUGCGUUGAAACAGGCCGGUGCUCGUGUGAUUGUGACUGAGAUCGAUCCCAUCUGCGCUCUCCAAGCCCUCAUGGAAGGGUUCCAAGUCCUAACCCUCGAGGAUGCAGUCUCCGACGGUGACAUCUUCGUCACCACCACCGGCAACAAGGACAUCAUCAUGCUCGACCACAUGAGGAAGAUGAAGAACAACGCCAUCGUCUGCAACAUCGGCCACUUUGACAAUGAGAUCGACGUGCAGGGCCUGGAGACCUUCCCGGGUGUGAAGAGGGUCACCAUCAAGCCACAGACGGACAGAUGGAUCUUCCCGGACACCAAGAACGGGAUCAUCCUCCUGGCUGAGGGGCGGCUGAUGAACUUGGGGUGCGCCACGGGGCACCCUAGCUUUGUCAUGUCAUGCUCCUUCACCAACCAGGUGAUCGCGCAGCUUGAGCUGUGGAAUGAGAGGAAGUCGGGCAAGUACGAGAAGAAGGUGUACGUGCUGCCCAAGCACCUUGACGAGAAGGUGGCUGCCCUCCACCUCGCGAAGCUAGGGGCGAAGCUCACGAAGCUCAGCAAGGAGCAGGCGGACUACAUUAGCGUGCCGGUUGAGGGACCUUACAAGCCUCUACACUACAGGUACUAAGGGAAAAGAAGCAGCAUCUGAGAAAAAAGAAGGGCCUAGUGAUCAUUGUUGUUUCUGAUUGUGUGUUAGCUUUCUAGUUUCUAAGUUUUUGUUUGAGGUGUUUGUUGCCGCAGCAGUUACCAUUUACCAUGUUGGGUUGGGUUUGCAACUAUUGGCCAAAAUAACUUCAGGAUGUUCUCUCCUUA